AUGCACGCCCUGUCAAGACGCGUGGCACAAGAUCUGCAUCGACAGGACAAGCAGCAACAACGUCUGUCGCCCCCUUCACGUGAACGAGGUAUUCAACGACAGCCCCGAAUUCCGCCGGCUAUCUUCGACCUGAUUCCGAUUCAUAACGGUCUGACCGUGUGCCUUCGGUAUUUGUCUGCACUGGGGUGCCCUUUGGGGGCUUCAACACGCUGUGUGUAUGGCGCUCGGGCCCACGCCAUUCCUGAUACAUUGGACGCUCGAGUCAAAGGACACAUAAUUCAACACAUGGGUGGACUAAAUGAGCGUUUCUCUCAUCUCUGA